CCUUUUGAUUCUUUUGACUAUCACAAAGUUCAAAUAUGGGAUAAGGGAGCUACUCUGAUAAAAACUUAUGUUUCUUGUUUAUCCGAUGAAACAAAAAAUUCACUAAUAAAGACAGGCGUAACAUUGCCACCAGCAACUCUCAUCAGGCCGACCUUCGAAUAUGCAUCACUUUUGCAAUGUUUGGAUUAUAUCUUGCUGUUCCAAGCUGUAGGAAUUUGGAUCGGAGAAAACGAAGGGGUUGCUUUGCGAAAAAUAACUUAUCGCCAUUAUCUUGUUGUGGAGGAAUUGUGUAACUUGUUCUUUCAGCGUUCAUCCAAUCUUAAAUGCCUUAAAUACGACAAGACGCGUGGUCUGCCUGGUUCUCCUGAUGUACAAUACAUCCCUUUAAGACAUCUACCCGAGGCUGAUGUUUGUUUAUCCAGGUUAGAGAGAUUUUGCGUGAUGGAUUCUGUUCCCAAUGAGAUCAUAUCUACGAUUGCUCAAGUUUCACAUAAUCUGAAAGAGAUAAAAAUUGAGACGCUAGGUGACAAUGAUGAGAUCUUGGCCGCUUUGAUCGAAUCUCAACGAAACCUAAGGUCACUUAUAAUAUAUGCCGAGGAUUUAUUACCAAAUGUCACCAAGGCUCUAAAGUAUCGAGCAUCAAGUUUGCGAAAGGUUAAACUUGAUUGGGAAUUUUCUCUGCCUUUGGAUUUAUUUGCCAACUCGGCAAAUCUCGAAAAAUUUUCGGCGCAUCAGUAUUCUAGCAUAGCGACAAGAGAGACCUUUGAAGUAUUUUCAAAUACCGAAUUCCGGAGACUUCGGAAGCUGCAUUUGACGACGCCCAGGUUAUAUUUGGAUCAGAUGUCAAGGUUAAUUAGUAAUACGGGCGGGAGCUUAAGAGAUCUUAAAAUAAGUUACGAAAAAACAAAUAGUACAGAACACUGCAAAGAAUUUAUUGAUACGAUAGGAAGGGCAUGUCCGAAUAUCCAAAAACUUUGCAUAUUCGUUCCUGAUGAAGCGAUUCCCCUUUUGCCCUCUCUUCUCGCAUCUUGCGGACAGCUUCGAAAAUUAAAAUUUCUAAAUGGUUGUUCGCGGACAGACUCGGAUUUUAUUCACACAUUUGACGUUUCUAAAUAUUUUCCCGAAAUGGGGAAAGUUCUACCAACUAAAUUAUGUACUUUUUCCAUGAGUUGCGACUGGGUGUUGACGGCCGACGCGUUCCGAAAAUUUUUGGAACAUUGCGAGAUGAGGUUGGAACCGGGAAGAAUGAUUGUCUUUAAUUUUGGAAGAGAGUUGACAACCAAGCAUGUGGAGAUUGUUGAAGAGUAUAGAGUGAAGGGCGUGAUAAGCAAGGCGUAUAAUAUCACAUUAACAUUGGCAUUUUAUGGUAACACAAACCUGAACUGGGUGUCGUUCCACCCUCUCCCAGAUUACCGCAUAAUUCAAGACGUGAUGCACCUCCGCUUUCUGUGA